CCCCCAAACAGAACGCCAUUGCCGAGAGCGCCAUCUGGCGUGCGAUGAAGGGGGGCCACGCCGCGCGACGCCACAUCCUCUCCAUGCCCCACGUCGACCUCGCCUCCGUCCCCAACAUCGGCGCCAACGGACAACGCCUGUGGCUCUCGUCGGCGCUCUGGGCAUCCGGUUGUUUCAACCGCUCCGCGACGAAGGCCAAUCAGGGCUGGAUGUCGCCGUUCGAGGCCUUCUUCGGCCGGAAGCCGCCCCUCACCGUCGUCCCCUUUUUCCAGGAGGGUAGGAUGCGCGUGAAGCGGGCCACCAAGGCGGACGUCCAAUCCGCGAGGUGCUUCUACCUGCACGGCGCCAACAACCACUCGACGUCUACCGCCGUCGUUCUCCGCGCUGACACCGGUCGCCUCGCCCUCACCAACAACGUCGUGUGGGUCAACCGCCGGGCAGGAGCGCCGGCGCCGGUGCCGGCCAUCGGGGGGGGUUCUUCGGUCACCGCGGCGCCCUCGCCGGCCGCCGCCGUACCUGCGGCCGCUGCCGCACCGCCGCCGCCCCCGCCAGCGAUCACCUACACGUACACUUCGCAUGCCCCAACGACUACGGCAGCGCCGCCCGCUUCCCCGUCGAUCUUCACAGGAUCUUCAGCGCCGUCACCGAUCUCCGUCGCACCAUCCUCAGCCCCGCCGUCGACCGCAGCCAUGCCACCCCGUUCGCCGCCAGGCCUGACGCCGCCGCCGCAGCCCGCCAACGCCGCCACCCCCGCUCCUUCGCACCCGCCGCUGACAUCGCGCGCCUUCAGGGAGUUGGGAGGAUCGAAAGAAUGGCGUGGGGCAGCUGGAAGGGUUCACGGCGCCCAGAACGACGGCGGUAGCCGUCGAGUGGUUGUUGUCGCCGUGCAAGUAGAAGCAACGCAUGGAUUGGACGUCCGCUUUGAUGGCGCGCUUGACCCGCAUCAUCCCCUCCUGGAAAAAAGGGACGACGUUGAGCGGCGGCUUCCUGCCGAAGAAGGCCUCGAACGGCGACAUCCAGCCCUGAUUGGCCUUCGUCGCGGAGCGGUUGAAACAACCGGAUGCCCAGAGCGCCGACGAGAGCCACAGGCGUUGUCCGUUGGCGCCGAUGUUGGGGACGGAGGCGAGGUCGACGUGGGGCAUGGAGAGGAUGUGGCGUCGCGCGGCGUGGCCCCCCUUCAUCGCACGCCAGAUGGCGCUCUCGGCGACGGCGUUUUGUUUGGGGGUGU